CUGAAAAAAAAAGUAGCAGAGGAAAAUGCCGGUGUCUACCGGACUAGGCGCUCCAGUAGACCAUCGGCGCCCAUAAGUGCCGCGCGCUUGGUGAACCGGCCUGAAUUGCGAUAUGAUUUUCCGGGUGGUUAUGUGACGGGAGAGUGCAGAGGGAAAACCGAGUGAUUUAUGAUGUUUGUUCCAAUUCGGACGCUGAUGUUACUUCUUGGAUUCUUGAUACACAGCAUCGAAAGGCUAGAAGGAGCGAUAGCAGCGCCGCCUUGGGCAAACCCUAAACUGAACCCUUGCGCAAUUCAUCCGAUGGGUUGGCGGAUGCUUUAUUGGCCGCCAGAUGGAACUUGCUAUAAAAUUUUUCAGAAGGGGCAUCCAUGUCCGGAAGAUAAAGAGCUUACACCAUCAACCACCAGCACUGUAGCCAAAAAUUUAACCGCAGAAUGCAGGUGCCCUCCAAAAACAGCAGAAUACGUAGAAGAUGGCCGCUGUUAUCAACUUUUCACCAUAGGACCAUGUCAAGACGGUUCGUAUUUCGCACCAGAUACCACUGCUCAAGGUCAAAAGCCCGAAAAGAAAUACGGAACCUGCAGGGAACUCCAAGAAUGUCCGGAAGGCUUCAUAUACUGGCCCUUGGACAACACGUGUUACAGGAAAUACACCAGAGGCCCCUGCACCAAAGGUCUGCUACUAACGGAACAUAACAAGUUACCAGCUUGCAGAUGUAGCAAGGACAAAGACCUCAGGGAGUUCAGAUACGAGAACGGAAAGUGUUACCAACAUUUCACCAAAGGACCCUGCCAGGAGAAGGGGAGCUUGUUCCUGACCAACCAAAUCUGCGGAUGCCAUAAUUUUUUACCGCAUUUUCACGAGGAAACCAAGCAGUGUUAUGAACUAGAUACCAUCGGGCCGUGUAAUAAGGGCGAGGUUUACCGGAUGAAGGACACAGACCACGUUGCCAAGUGCCAUUGUAAAGACGAUUACAUCAGAUACCUGAAUUCUUCGUACUGUUAUAGGCCCUUCACCCAGGGUCCAUGUCCAGACAAUCAGUUCCUAGUUAAUUCGACGAGUUGCAUAAGACAGCCGUGCCGUCGUGGUUUCCUGUUCUUUCCGGAAGUUCAGAAAUGUUACAGGAUAGGCGCCAGGGGCCCCUGUCAAGAGGGCAGAGUGGUAACCUUCGAUUUCAGGACCAGGCCGUCGGUGGACGGCAUCUCUUACAACGGACUGUGCGUUUGCGAGAAAGAAGACUGUCAGAUCAGUAGACAGAGGACGAUAAGUUGCGUGAAAGGGUGGAUCAGGUACAAGGGGGAGUGUCAUAAGUUGUAUUCGCAAGGCCCCUGUCACACGGGUGAGUGGUUGGUACCGUACAGGGCCACUCUGGGCAAAGAGGGUAUAUGCGAAUGUAUGCCGGGUUAUUCCAAACAGAUAAACGACGAUCUCGAGGUCCAAUGCAUACCACCCAGCGUCAUAAUUGCGGAAUACCUCAAUAAAACGUAUAGAUCGGUCGUUAGCCAAAAAAUUUCGAUAAAUACCGACGAAAGGAGUAAAUGAUAGCGUGCAGCGUGGAGUUUGGAGGAGAAAAGUGUCAUACUUUGGAAAUUUCGAAAGAAUUUUUCACUAUAUAGUGUAACAUCCAUCAAGAUGAUUAUCAAAUAACGAUAUCAAGGCUGAUUUAGUUUUAUGUAAUAUUUUUUAGGGAGUUUGUAUAUAUGAAUUUAGUUAAGUGUGAUUCUGAAUGAAAUAAACAUGAAUUUUUUCACAGUA